AUGCCCGACGCUGCCCCGCCGUCCCCCAACAGGAAGCCCAUCUCCUCUGUCUCCGCCGCCGCCAGGUCGCAGAAGAAGGCCGGAGCGCCCAAGCCGAAAGGCGCCGUCCGCGCUAAGUCGGGCUGCUACACUUGUCGCAUUCGCAGGAAGAAAUGCGACGAGCAGCCCAACGACCAGGGCGCGUGCCAGACUUGUGUCAGACUGCGUCUACAAUGCCUUGGCUUCGGUGCGAAGCGGCCAGACUGGAUGAGGGAGAACAAUAGUGUCACCGAGCUGCGAGACAAGAUCAAGUCUUUCCUCGCUUCGCAGGGCAUGAUCAAGGGUCAUUCGGGAUCGGGGCCGCGGACAAACGAGCAGGAGCCUCAAAUGCUGAUCCUGGUCGAAAAUUUGCGCAACGCUUCCCCGUCGAGCCCUCCCACUCCUACCCUCUCCGCGAGCUCCAGUGACGGUCAUCGGCCAGUGGGCGGUCUUGCAACAUCCUUUGUUCGUGACGGUUCUCACUACCAGCCUGCUCCUCCUCCCAUGCAACACGAACCCAAUAACGUACUCCCGAACGUCAACGACAUGCUCUACCCCCCGCCCCCCGCUACUAUGUUACCGUCGUCCAAUAGUCUACCAACUUCCUACCUCGGUCCGGGUGCGGGUAUGCCCAGCUCGUUUGGUCCCGCGUACAACAUGUCCGUCAGCUACAACGAUGACGAGCAAGUGGGCCGCCCUCCCGAACCUCCAAUACCGCCAUCUCUCAACUACGAAAUCCAAAUGAUACCUACCGAGCAGACCGAACUUGUGCAGCAUUACUUCCACAGUGUGCUGCCCAUCCAGUAUCUGCUCGCUGAUGCGUCGAUCUCGAACUUCAUGUUCCGCCUCAUCCAGAGGAGUCCAUCGGCGAGGGACGCAGCAUGUGUGCUGUCCGCACUGCACAUGCAUAGCAUCCAAUAUCCAUCGCGGUCUCGUACUCCCGACAUGGCGGUCAUCUAUCGACGACUAGAAAACGCACUAGCUACCAAGCGGACCUACAACGAGGGCGACGCGAUGGCAGGGCUGCACGUCGUGUCGACGUUCCUCUUUUCCGGCGGGCGGGGGCCGUGGGGCGCGUACCUGGACAUCGCGAGCCAGUACGUGGACAUGGUGCUCGCGGACAGGCGGUUCUACGGGCCCGAGGACGUGCUCAAGAAGUGCUCGGACAGCACGCGCUUCAUCAUCAAGACGACGAUGUGGUUCGACGUGCUCGCGUCAGUGACGACGCUGCAGGUGCCGCGCUUCCUCGAGACGUACCGCCACCUGUUCGGGCGCACCGCAGGGAUCGUCGGCGGUGGCGGUGCAGGCGCGGCGUACAUCGACGACGGGCUCGCGGCCGCGCCGGAGCUGUCGAUGCUGCCCGUGAUGGGCUGCGAGAACCACAUCGUGCUCGCGAUCGCGGAGAUCUCGAACCUCGCGCACUGGAAGGAGAGCCAGCGCCACCGCGGGUGCCUCAGCGUGCCGCAGCUCGUCGAACGCGGGCUCGAGAUCGAGAACAAGUACCUCCACCCGACCGCGACGGCCUACGGCCGCUUCGACCCGACGCAGACGACCUCGGACCCGGAGGUCGCGCAGCGGCGGCGCCUCACGAACGACAUCUUCCGCGCCUCGGCGCGGGUGUACCUGCACACGGUGCUCUCCGGCGACUAUCCGUCCUGCCCGGAGAUCGUCGCGGGCGUCACGGAGACGAUCGAGUGUCUCCGACGCGUGCCCACCCAAAACGCGAGCGCGUCGCGCUCCGUGCUCAGGAGCGUCGUGUUCAGUAUAUGUAUCUCCGGAUGCCUCACGGACGACCCACGCCACCGCACCUUCCUCCUCCAGCUCCUCGAAUCGCAGCAGGGCGAUAAUGUGGGGAACGUAUCCGAGGUAAGAGCGCUCAUGGAACAGGUAUGGACCCGCCGCGAGGACAACCAGGGACGCCCCGUCAAUUGGAGGGACGUCAUGCGGGAGUCGCAGCGGGAUUUGCUGCUAUUGGUAUAG